GGGGAGAGAGAGAGAGGGUCGGAAGGGAGAGAGAGAUGGAGAUGGAGAAAGAGGGGAGGGAGAACGUAGGGGAGGCGGCGACGGCGGCGGGGGGGCUGGCGGCGGUGGCGGAGGAGGUGGAGGAGGAAGAAGAGGCGGUGGGGUCGAGCUUGACGAUGGAGCGGGUGGCCGCCGCGAAGAAGUUCAUCGAGAACCACUAUAGAAACCAGAUGAAGAACAUCCAGGAGCGGAAAGAACGACGUUGGUUCUUGGAGAGACAAUUGGCUUCUUCACAAGUUUCCAAGGAGGAGCAACUCUGUUUAUUAAAGGAUCUUGAGAGGAAGGAGACAGAGUAUAUGAGACUUAAAAGGCACAAGAUCUGUGUUGAUGAUUUUGAGCUGCUGACCAUAAUCGGGAGAGGAGCUUUUGGGGAGGUCAGACUUUGUCGGGAGAAGUCCUCUGGGAAUAUUUAUGCCAUGAAAAAACUGAAGAAAUCUGAAAUGGUUAGCAGGGGUCAGGUGGAGCAUGUAAGAGCUGAAAGAAACUUGCUUGCUGAAGUUGCUAGCCACUGCAUUGUGAAACUCUACUACUCAUUUCAAGAUGCUGAAUACCUUUACCUAAUUAUGGAAUAUCUUCCUGGAGGGGACAUGAUGACCCUGCUUAUCAGAGAGGAUACCUUAACUGAAAGCGUGGCUAGAUUUUACAUUGCUCAGAGUGUGUUGGCCAUAGAAUCCAUUCAUAAACACAAUUAUAUUCACAGGGACAUAAAACCUGACAAUCUUCUUUUGGACAAAAACGGUCACAUGAAGUUGUCAGACUUUGGCUUGUGUAAGCCAAUUGAUUGUUCAAAGCUUUCAACAUUGAACGAAGAUGAACCCAUGAGUGAUGAAAAUCUUAGGGAGUCGAUGGAUAUUGAUGGAAUUCCGGAUACAAAAAAUGCUAGAAGGUGGAAAAGCCCCCAUGAACAACUGCAGCACUGGCAGAUGAAUCGUAGGACGCUGGCAUUUUCC